GACGUCAAACCGGAGCGCAGCUGACUCGUCCUCGCGCUGCUUCUUGCUGACCAGACUCGCGCUCCCUGCAAACCGACUCCACGCGGCCGCCGCUGCUCGUUCAGACACCGGAGAGGAAGAGGAGGAGGAGACGAAGAGGAAGAACAGGGAGGUCUCCCGCGGAGCGACGGCUCACCGGAGGAGGAGGAGGAGGAGGAGGGGAGGAGGAGGAAGGAGGCUCCGUUAUUUACCGGACACUCUCCGCGGAGACGGAGCACCGGGCACCGGGGAGCUCCCGCCCUCAUCCAGUUGUUGCAUCCAGAGCUCCGGUGCUGAUGGAGCGCGAGGAGGGCUGAGCAGCUUCACGCGCACCAACAAGUUGAACAUUUUCAGUUUCUGCGCCUCGAGACCGAUUUUUUUUUAUUUAUUUAUUUGUUUCUGUCUGAAGAACGGAUUUAACCAAACGGAUUAUUUUUGUUUUUUGGAGCUUCUUGUUAACGGAAGGAUUGACGGGAAUUUUCUUCUCUUUUUUUGGAAACCGUGUCCGACUAACGGAUCCGUGCCAGCGACGCACGAGCCGUGCUCCGCGGUUCCGGUGAAGAUCCCGUCCCGACACCGUCUCCUCCUUGUUUUUCACGGCGGCACCCCGAUGCCGCGGUCGGCCGGUCGGCGCACGGUGGCUCGAGCUGCCGCCGGUGGUGGCGAUGACGACGGCAGGCUGCGCCGUUAAUCCCGGGGAUGCGUUUCCUCUCCGCUAGGAUUUACGCGCUGCUUCUUCUCUGGAAUCGUUCGCGUGACAAUGACCUCCAGCCGCGCUCUCCCCCGUGCCGUGCCCGCCGCAACCCGACACAGAGGCACGCGCCCCCGGUUCGAUGCGCACGAGAGGACGUCGUCUCCCCAAAACCGCUGAGCUAACGGACGCGGAGCGGAAACACACAGCGGAGCCGAGCGACCGGAGCAGCACACCACCGAACCCGGACAGCGGCGACCGGCGGCGGCAAUGGAGCUGUCGGAGGUCCGGUGCUCCAGCGCCAGCGAGGAGCUCUACACCAUCCGGACACCGAGCAGCAACAACAGCAACAGCAGCGGCAGCGGCAGCGCGCGACCCAAACGGCUGCUGUGGCAGAACGCGGUGCGGCACAUCACCGAGCAGCGCUUCAUCCACGAGCAGGGCGGCGACGGAGGGGUGAAGGGCGUCGGGCCGGACGAGCCCUACGACCCGAGCCAGGCCGGGAGGAAGCAGUCUGCGGGCCGGACGUCGGUGGGGGACCGGCACAACAACGGCGGGACCAAAGUGUUCCCGGAGCGCGCCAGCAGCGACCUGGGCUUCCUGCAGAUCGACUGCGCUCCCAGCAACUCGGACUUCUUCCUGAACUGGGGCUACACGUACCGGGGCGUCAUCUUCCCCACGCUGCGCAACGCCUUCAAGUCCCGGGACCUGGAGCGGCUCUACCAGCGCUACUUCCUGGGCCAGAGGCGGAAGUCCGUGGUGGUGAUGAACAUCCUGGACGUGGUGACCAAGCUGACCCUGCUGGUGCUGCACCUCACGCUGGCCUCCACCCCCAUGGACCCGAUCAAAGGCACGCUGCUGGGCUUCUUCACGGGCAUCGAGGUCGUCAUUUGUGCCUUAGUGGUGGUGCGGAAGGACACCACGUCGCACAGCUACCUGCAGUACAGCGGCGUGGUCACCUGGGUGGCCAUGGCCACGCAGAUCCUGGCGGCCGGGCUGGGCUACGGGCUGCUGGGGGACGGUGUGGGGUACGUGCUCUUCACGCUGUUCGCCACCUACAGCAUGCUGCCGCUGCCGCUCACCUGGGCCAUCCUGGCGGGUCUGUUCACCUCCGGGCUGCACAUCCUGGUCCAGAUGCUCAUCUCCCAACACGCGCAGCUCUCCACCAACCAGGUGGCGGCUCAGGCUGUGCUGUUCAUGUGCAUGAACACUGCUGGGAUCUUCAUCAGCUACCUGUCGGACCGGGCCCAGCGCCAGGCCUUCCUCGAGACGCGACGCUGCAUCGAAGCUCGACUGCGACUCGAGACGGAGAACCAGAGACAGGAGCGCCUGGUGUUGUCGGUUCUGCCACGUUUUGUAGUCCUGGAGAUGAUCAACGACAUGACAAAUGUAGAGGACGAGCACCUCCAGCACCAGUUCCACAGAAUCUACAUCCACCGCUACGAGAAUGUCAGCAUUCUUUUCGCAGAUGUCAAAGGCUUCACCAACCUCUCCACCACGCUGUCGGCUCAGGAGCUGGUCCGAAUGUUGAACGAGCUGUUUGCACGCUUCGACCGCCUCGCACAUGAGCAUCACUGUCUGCGGAUAAAGAUCCUGGGCGACUGCUACUACUGUGUUUCUGGUCUGCCGGAGCCUCGGCAGGAUCACGCCCACUGCUGCGUGGAGAUGGGCCUCAGCAUGAUCAAAACCAUCAGAUACGUGAGAUCGCGUACGAAACACAACAUCGACAUGCGCAUCGGGAUCCACUCCGGCUCGGUUCUCUGCGGCGUUCUGGGCCUCAGGAAGUGGCAGUUUGACGUCUGGUCGUGGGACGUGGACAUCGCCAACAAGCUGGAGUCUGGAGGAAUCCCAGGGAGGAUCCACAUCUCCAAAGCCGCUCUGGACUGCCUGAACGGCGACUACGAGGUGGAGGAAGGCCACGGGAAGGACCGCAACGACUUCCUACGGCGCCACAACAUCGAGACGUACCUGAUCAAGCAGCCGGAGGAGAGUCUGCUGACGCUGCCCGAGGACAUCAUGAAGGAGGCGGCGAGCUCGGCCGACCGACGGGCCAGCAGCACCACCUUCAACGAGGCGUCCUGGAGCCCCGAGCUGCCCUUCGACAACAUCGUGGGGAAGCAGAACACUCUGGCUGCCCUAACGAGAAAUUCGAUAAAUCUGCUUCCAAACCAUCUCGCACAAGCUUUGCAUGUCCACUCUGGUCCUGAGGAAAUUAACAAGCGAAUAGAGAGCGCCAUCGACUUACGGAGUGGCGAUAAGUUGAGAAGAGAGCAUAUCAAGCCUUUCUCACUGAUGUUUAAAGACUCCAGCCUGGAAGAGAAGUACUCCCAGAUGAGGGACGAGGUGUUCAAGUCCAACCUGGUUUGCGCCUUCAUCGUGCUCAUCUUCAUCACGACCAUCCAGAGCCUGCUGCCCUCCGCCAGGAUGGUCACCAUGGUGAUCCAGUUCUCGGUGCUCAUCGUCCUCCACUCCUGCCUGGUCCUAGUUACAACAGCGGAGGACUACAAGUGUCUGCCGCUGGUGCUGAGGAAGGCCUGCUGCUGGAUCAACGAGACGUACGCCGCCAGAAACGUCAUCAUCUUCGUCUCCAUCCUCAUCAACUUCCUGGCGGCCAUGAUCAAUAUCCUGUGGUGCGACUUCGACAAGUCCAGCACCUUCAGGAACCAGACGUUCAACGAGUCGGCCUCCAUCCCGGACAUCUGCUUCUACCCCGAGUAUUUCGUGUUCACAGGUGUGCUGGCGAUGGUCACCUGUGCCGUGUUCCUGAGGCUGAACUCGGUGCUGAAACUGGCCGUCCUGCUGGUGAUGAUCGCCAUCUACUCUCUGCUGACCGAAGCCUUCUACACGUCGCUGUUCGUUCGCUACGACACCGUCCACCACAACACGGAAAACUUCCUGGGAACUAAAGAGACGUCGCUGCUCCUCAUGGCCAUGUUCCUCCUCGCUGUAUUUUACCACGGACAGCAGCUGGAGUACACGGCUCGGCUGGACUUCCUGUGGCGUGUCCAGGCCAAAGAGGAGAUCAACGAGAUGAAGGAACUGCGAGAACACAACGAGAACAUGCUGAGGAACAUCCUGCCGAGCCACGUGGCCCGACACUUCCUGGAAAAGGACCGUGACAACGAGGAGCUGUACUCUCAGUCCUACGAUGCCGUGGGCGUCAUGUUCGCCUCCAUCCCGGGCUUCGCAGACUUCUACUCCCAGACGGAGAUGAACAACCAGGGAGUCGAGUGCCUCCGGCUCCUCAACGAGAUCAUCGCUGACUUCGACGAGCUGCUCGGCGAGGACAGGUUCCAGGACAUCGAGAAGAUCAAGACGAUCGGCAGCACCUACAUGGCAGUUUCUGGUCUGUCGCCCGAAAAACAGCAAUGUGAAGAUAAAUGGGGUCACCUGUGUGCGUUGGCCGACUUCGCCAUCGCCCUCAACGAGAGCAUCCAGGAGAUCAACAAGCACUCGUUCAACAACUUCGAGCUGAGGAUCGGUAUGGCUCACGGCUCGGUCGUCGCAGGUGUGAUCGGCGCCAAGAAGCCUCAGUACGACAUCUGGGGGAAGACAGUGAACCUGGCGAGCCGGAUGGACAGCACCGGCGUCAGCGGCAAGAUCCAGGUGCCCGAGGAGACCUACCUGAUCCUGAAGGAGCGCGGCUUCACCUUCGAGUACCGCGGUGAGAUCUACGUGAAGGGCAUCAGCGAGCAGGAGGGCAAGAUCCGAACACACUUCCUGCUGGGCCGGGUGCAGCCCAACCCACUCAUCCUGCAGCCGAGGAAGAUGACUGGCCAGUACUCGCUGGCCACCGUGGUGCUCGGAUUGGUGCAGUCACUCAACCGGCAGAAGCAAAAGCAGAUCCUCAACGAAAACAACAACUCGGGCAUCAUGAAGGGCCACCACCACUACAACCGGAGGACGUUGUUAGCGCCCGGUGGCUCCGAGGUGGGAGGCGGCCAUCACGCCGAAGCAGCUGAUAAGACUGAGCUGUCCUGAAGGGCAGACUGGAAUUUUGGUUCUGCUCAGAAUUGUCGGAGGCAGAGCUGGUCAUCGGGCAAAAAUAGUCCCAGUGGUUGAGUUAUACCUCAGUGGGCGAAGCUCAGGAACGACCGUUUUCUAGCGUGUUCAGGGGCUGUUUCAGGUUUAGCUUCAACUUUCCAGAAGCAUCGACUGGUUUCAGUCAAUUCAUUAACUCAAGCAGGUUUCAUGUUGUGCUUAAUAAUGGCCAGUUUCAAGAAAUCAGGAAGAACACUGAAGGCAAACUAGAGCCAGGAUUGGUUCCCAACAAAAAUGGCACCAGGUGUGGAUAAGACAGAUGAAACUUCAUGUUGACCUCCAACACCAUGAAUACGAGGAACACUCCUUGUUAGGGCAAAAUGAGAUCUACUUCUGGGUUUGGUUUUAUCAAGAGUUUUAAGGAUCGUUCUGGUUGUAGAACUUUGCAGACAAGAUGAUGUUCACAACUCCCAAAAGUCAGUUUGUAACCACUGCUUGCACACCGACGACAUGGUGGCGUCCUCUGACAUUCUCAAGUUUGGAAUUUUUUUGGCAAUUGAGAAAUAGCAAAGUUAACAGGACAUGAAAUCGCUUGUUUCCACAAAUUCCAGUUUAUAUGUUGCAAAUAGCAGAAUCUGGCAUGUCAGGGAUAGGAAAAAUACUUUAUCUUAACAACAGCCACACAUACACGAUGAACCAAAACAUUAUGACCAUUUCUGUGCUGCUGGUUCUUCAUUACCACCAAAACAGCACCAACAACACAGAGAUCUGGACUCCUAAAGACCUCUGAAGGUUCCCCGUUGUAUCUGGAACAGCAGCAGAUCUCUUCAGUCCUGUUAAAUGAACAUUUUAGUGGCUACAGAUCUGGCUUGUUCCAGUAGAACCUCAAGCCCCUGCUGCUGGUUCAUGGUUCAUAUCUCCUUAGAUUGUUGUCGGUAGGUACUCGACAGAUGCUCCAACCCAGCAGUCUGGCAAAUUUGCUCAGAUCUUUAUAACUGUUUCCAACACUUUCUAUACAAUGAAUAACUGUUCACUUACUUUACUCAACACAAAUAAGGCUUCUGGACAAAGGGUUUGGGCAAGAAGGAGUCAUCUGGCCAACAGUCCUGUAUCCAGGACGUCUUCUGGGCCACGUCAGGAACUUCCACUGAACUCCAGGCUAAUGAAGAUACUUACUGACCUACUAGUCUAUUUACUCUUAAAAACAUGCACCGCCGAUGGAAGAUAAUCAGCAUUGUCUGCAUCUUUUCUGGGUGGUCGUAAAGUUUUGGUUCAUCUACAGCAUCCCUGUAUUUUAUGCAACUCAAAGAAACAUGUUCCAGCUUUUCAGGUACCUGGUACAGUCUUUCAGCACAACCAGCACCACGGGCCGACGCUGUACUGGGGUGGGUUCCCUUUCUUUUUUGUUCUCAGACACACGUGUAUGCAGGUGAUGGAAAACUUGACGAAGGUGACAGUAAUGCAGAAAGAAAGACAUUGUCCUCAAAGGAAAAGAAGAAGACUUCUGGUAAAUAUGCACUCAUGCAACAACCGAGCAGGUUCCAAACGUCAACUUUACAAAUGUUCUACAGGUUUGUAAGACCUCAAGGAUGCACAAAAUUAGGGAUGUCCCGAUCAGGUCUUUUGUCCAAUCUAGUCCAAACCAGGGAUGCCGAGUCCCAAUCUGAUACCAUUUACCCAGAAUAAACACACUUCAGGUACCUUAAAGAUAUUAAAAUAAGCAAAUAUAACAGAAAAAAAUUCUUGGUCAUGAACCUUUUUGUAAAGUUCCUGUAGCUCGCUGUCUGAAAUGUGUAAUUAGCAGGUAAAUGUACCAUUAGAGAGUAAAUGUAGUGGUAGAAGGUAAAUGUAGUGCUGGAAGGUAAAUGUAGUGCUGGAAGGUAAAUGUAGUGCUAGAAGGUGAAUGUAGUGGUAGAAAGUGAACGUGGUGGUAGAAAGUAAACGUGGUGGUAGAAAGUAGGAUGUACUGUAGCUCCACAAGCUCUGAAAGAUGGUAAAAACCUGCACUUCCUGUCACAUUGACAGGCUGCUCAUAAAAGUCAUGAUUUCAGUUACCCUCCCAGUAACCUUUUUGCUUUUGUUGCUAUCUGGAGGAGCUUUCUCCUCGUGUUGCUCUGGUGUAGGGUUAUCCGAGAGAAUUAACACCAGUCAUAUUGAAUGCUGCUUUCCUACCACCUAGCAAAUGCUUUGCAUACCAGAUCUUACAAGUGGACUGCAUUCAUUUUUCAAUUAAAGAUAUUUCCACACUGCGGACAUUUUAACUAAGUCCUGUAGGGAUGUUUGUGAUCAUCUGUUAUUCAACUAAUUCAGCUGAUAGUUAAUAUUAGCCGAUAAGGCAUAGAGGAGAAGGGCAUGCAUGUUAGAACAUGUGUUGUACGUCAGCUGUAGUACCUGUUGACAGGGGGUUCUCAGUUUACGAUAUUCGGUGUUGUCGUGACGUCAGAAUUGGUUAUGUGGAACUAGUUGGUGAGCAGAGUGGAUGAAUAUGUCGUCACACAGAGCUAUAUGACCACCUUGGAUUGUGCUACAUUCACUAACUUUUUGCUCUUCAUUACGGCUCCCAGACGUGAUCAAGUAGAUCAAGUUGUAAAAACAGGUCAACAUAUUCUGUUAUUGUCUUGUAAAAUGACUCAUGCAUGAAAUUUGCUGGUAUUCAUGACUUUUAUGAAGAAUUGAUUGAUAUCGUGACGCACUUAACGACUUUGUUUUCGUUUUCUCCGGAGUUCCGAAAAUCGAUGUAAGUUGAGGACCCCCUGUACUGGUUAAUACUGCAGAGACUAGCAGCGAUCAUAUGAACAAGCAGCGAGCAUUGUGGGGGUUUAGCGAGCAACGGGCACUAUGACAAAGACUUGUGUGGUGGUUAAUGACCUCCAACAGCGACUGAUUCAGACAAUGUUAGAACAGCAGCGAAAUGUGUCGCAUUUUUAGGUGUGUGUUGACAAAAAUAGCUAUGUUUCUGAUUGGGGAAAUUAUUUAAAAUCCACUUCCCUGGCAUCGGGUCCUCCCUUUAGCCUCGAUCUUUGAGGUUCCGUCGGGACAUCCCUACACUUGAGGCAUUCUGGUGAGAAACGCUGAAUGUAAACAGAAACUUUGUUUACAAGAAAACUCCACGGAGCAUCUUCAGCCCAACAACCAAGAACAUCUGGUCCCUGUGUACGUGUUUUUGGAGGAUUUUCAGAUUGUUUGUUGUGGGGCUAACUGGGCGAGGCUAACUUCUAACUGUAAUAAACCAACCUGCGGAUCUUUGAACAUCAUGAAUGUCAUGUUUAAAACUGUUCUUUCCCUCUCUGGCUCCUCCCACUGUGGUUUAACUCAACCCAUGAGGUGAUUUCCACGGCUCCGGAUGAAUGUUUGUAGAACUGAAGGUCCUCGUUGGAGGAUAUUGGGGGAGGAACCGGACAGAAUUUGUGUUCUGUUUCGAUCCGUCCUCGCCUGUUCGAUGUCUGUCCGACUGAUCCAGACUGUCCAACGUUCCUCCUGUUGUUUCCCCUUUUAUCAUGUCGCCCGGCCGCCGAUCCGUCCCCUGUCCAGAACCCGGAGACCCUGACCCGCCCUGACCCUCGCCCGGUGUCGAUGUUUCUUUUUUGUAUUUCUUUUAUAUAUGAGAACACAAUAAAAAGGGGUCUAAUUUUUUAUACAAA